GUGAGGGGCCUCAGCACCAGUGAGAAGGACUGAGCGUGAGAGGAAGUUCAACGUUAGGGCGUGGUGCACUAACCAACAGUUAUAUCAGACCGGCAGAUGCUGUGCUCUGUUUGACUCCGAUUGGAUGUGGUACGCAAGAUCAAAAUGAACAGCAAGAUCUUAUUACGGGGGGCCGCCUUUUUUCUGUUACUCGUCUUCAGAAGUUUUGCAGCUGAGAACGUGACAGAAACAGAGACCCCAGCACCAAUGACGAGCCCCACACCUCCGUUUAAUAACACUGAACACACAGACGAGGAUAACCUGAAAACAACAGAGGUGACAAUGAGCCCAGAAGAAGAGGAUUCUAACCUCACCCUAACUGCAGCAAACACUGAAGACUCUACAGAAUCCCCUUUGCCAUCCUCGGUGACCUCCAAAAAGACGUCUGCCGCACACCCGACCCUUAACACCACCACCUCCAGAAUUGAGGCCGCCAGACCUGUAAAGUGGGACAAGAAAUGGGACGAACCGUUUAAUUACAAUUACUCCAGUCUACGUCAUGUAGGGUUAACCAUCGCCGCAGUUCUCUUUGUGAUGGGAAUCAUGGUGCUUGGUUGUGGCAAAGUGAAACGAAUCCCACGGUGUCAUAUUGGCAAAGGAAGUUCAUACGAGGUGACCAGAAGUUAACACUUUCCCGGCAUUGAUCAGCUGGCCCAGCAAAU